AAAUUUCAAACAAUACGAUAAGUCGGUUGGAAGGUUUUUAUUAAAUAAUUUGUGAAGUGAAACCAUAAUCUGACAUAAGAUGGCCAAGUUUAUUAUGCUCCUCGCCCUGCUGGUUGCCGUUGUAGCCAUGGCUAGCGCGCAACACGGACACGGCCAGCAAGGACACGGCCAGCAAGGACACGGUGGCAGCUUUAAGCACGGUCAGCAAGGACAUGGUGGCGGCUUUGAGCAUGGCCAGCAAGGACACGGACAAGCUUAUGGAGGCGGUGGACACGAAGGACACAACCAUGGAUUCGGUGGUCAUGGACAAGGUCAUGAACACGGACGGGGAAAGUACUAGAGAAGUAUACAUAUUUGAAUAAGGUUA